CGGGCGGUGCGGCCUGGGGCUGGGAUGCGAGGGGGUGCGGGCUCCUGGCGGCCGCGGCUCCCGUGAGUAGCGGUGACUGCAGCGCGGGCGGGCGAGGUCAGCGGACGCCGCCGGCGGCCGGCCGUGUCGGCCGCGGGAUGAGGAAGCGGACCGAGCCCGUCGCCUUGGAGCAUGAGCGCUGCGCCGCCUCGGGCUCGUCCUCCUCCGGCUCGGCCGCCGCGGCGCUGGACGCCGACUGCCGCCUGAAGCAGAACCUGCGCCUGGCGGGCAAGAGGCCGGCAGAGCCGCGCUGCGCCGCGGACGCGGGCAUGAAGCGGGCUCUGGGCAGGCGAAAGGGCCUAUGGUUCCGACUGAGGAAGAUACUUCUCUGUAUUCUGGGGUUGUAUGUUGCCAUUCCAUUUCUCAUCAAACUAUGUCCUGGGAUACAGGCCAAACUGAUUUUCUUGAAUUUUGUGAGGGUUCCUUAUUUCAUUGACUUGAAAAAACCACAGGAUCAAGGUUUGAAUCACACGUGUAAUUACUACCUCGAGCCAGAGGAAGACGUGACCAUUGGAGUCUGGCACACUGUCCCCGCUGUCUGGUGGAAGGACGCCCAGGGAAAGGACCAGAUGUGGUACGAGGAUGCCUUGGCUUCCAGUCACCCUAUCAUCCUGUACCUGCAUGGGAAUGCAGGCACAAGAGGAGGUGACCACCGGGUGGAACUUUACAAGGUGCUGAGUUCCCUUGGUUAUCACGUGGUCACCUUUGACUACAGAGGCUGGGGUGACUCGGUAGGAACGCCAUCGGAGCGAGGCAUGACAUAUGACGCACUCCAUGUUUUUGACUGGAUCAAAGCAAGAAGUGGAGACAACCCUGUGUAUAUUUGGGGUCAUUCCCUAGGCACUGGAGUGGCGACAAAUCUGGUGCGGCGCCUUUGUGAGCGAGAGACACCUCCAGAUGCCCUUAUAUUGGAAUCUCCAUUCACUAAUAUACGUGAAGAAGCUAAGAGCCAUCCCUUCUCAGUGAUAUACCGAUACUUCCCUGGGUUUGACUGGUUCUUCCUCGACCCCAUUACAAGCAGUGGAAUUAAAUUUGCAAAUGAUGAAAAUGUGAAGCACAUCUCCUGCUCCCUGCUCAUCCUGCAUGCCGAGGACGACCCGGUCGUGCCCUUCCAGCUUGGCAGAAAGCUCUACAAUAUCGCCGCUCCAUCCCGAAGCUUCCGAGACUUCAAAGUUCAGUUUAUCCCCUUCCAUUCAGACCUCGGCUACAGGCACAAGUAUAUCUACAAGAGCCCUGAGCUUCCACGGAUACUGAGGGAAUUCCUGGGGAAGUCAGAACCUGGGCGCCAACACUGAGUCUUGCUGCCUGAAGGAGCAUGAAGACCUCUGCCCUCCUCCCCUUUGCUCCAGCCAGUCUGGCACCCUGGGGCCCAGGGGUGCCAGCAUCUUCAAUACCCCUGGAGAGAGGACUUGGAUGCCAGCUGGGGCAGGCGGAGGAGACCCAGCAGACCUGAGGCACCUGUCUUGGGUGGCUGGGAGCAUGGAUCUUUGUGGAAAACACAGGUUGCGGGCAUGGGAUCCCCUCUCCCUCUUGUUGCCACUCAACCCGAGCUCUCAUUGGGAAGACAGUUACAGAGCAGGCCAGCCGCCAGCUGGUCUAUCCCGCACUUGCUGAGCUGGGCACAGGGAGCCUGGGGCAGGAGGCUUGGGGUCUUGGGACCACACUGAUCUUUCCAGCAUCACUGGUAAGAUCGUGGGGAGAUGGGUUCUGUCCCUUCCCAGCCCACGCAGAAUGGAUUCUAAUGGUCCAAUCAGCACG